GUGUUGUCACUCUUCUCACAGGUGAUUGCUCUCGUGAUGGAUUCCUUCACAGAUAUUGAUAUCUUCAGUGACCUGCAGGAUGCUUGUAACAACCACAAAGUCCCUGUCUAUAUCCUCCUCGACCAGGAAUUUCUACCCCACUUCUUGGAAAUGUGCAACAAUUUAGGAGUUUGUCCUGAGCAGGAAAGUCUGAUGAGAGUUCGAACUCUCACAGGGAACAUUUACUACCUGAGGUCAGGUGCCAAAAUUGUUGGGAAAGCCAAGGAGAAGUUCAUGUUAAUUGAUGGCAUUAGAGUGACAACAGGCUCAUACAGUUUCACAUGGUCUGAUGGGAAGCUGAACAGCAGCAACUUGCUGGUGUUGUCAGGCCAAGUGGUUGAACACUUUGACUUGCAAUUCAGGAUUCUUUAUGCCCAGUCGCUGCCCAUCAGCCCUAAGGGUCCAUCCAGCUGCAGGAACAGUGGGAUGUUCAAUCACCUGGUGACCAGACCAGAGUCCUCUAAAAAAUAUACUGUGGAAGGCAACCUGAGAGCAGAAUUUGCCAGAAUGUCUAGCACUCCAAAGAAAUUGUUGGAAGAACUAGAUCAGGCUGAAGAUAGCCAUGGAGGAAAACCUUGUAAUCUGGGGCAUUCUUGCCUCUGUGAAGAGGAGUCAUUCAGCAAUCAAGUGACCGUGGCAGAACGGAAAAGCUCAUCGACUCAAACUGACCCAUGGGACAAGACAGCUGCUGUGAACACCUGUAAUGCUGCCACACAGACCAGUGCUGCCAUGGCAGAAACUGGCACUCAGGCUUCUGUCACUGCGAGAGCCACGGGCACUCAGACGUCAGUUUUGCUGAAGACUGCAGUGACACAGACAAAGGAAGAGGAAGGCACAGAAACACCCCUACUUCUUAGAAAGUUUGCAAAAGAAGAAUAUUCUCUGACUGGAAACGCUGUACCAAACUCUAGUCUGCGAUCACUGUCUUCAUCAUCGUCCCAGUGCUCUCUUGGAAGCUCAACAGGCUCACUGUCAUCUCUCCGGUCCUUUGAAUAUUCCAGCAGUCACAGGGCACAAUAUUUCCAAAAACUGCAUAAAGAGAGACAAUUCCACUACUCCACUAUCAGGUCGAAGCUGAGCCACAUGGUGGAUAUCCUCUCCCGGAGGGGCCGUGUGCCUGAGAGCUACAUGACCCAGUACACCGGCAGAUGCAACCUAAAGCAGAGGCGGGACAUCAGCGCCAGCCUGCGCAACCUCCGGGACGUCUCGCUCUUCUCCCUGAAUAAAUGAUUGCUGC